AUGGCUUGUUACCUGGUCAUCAGUUCGAGACAUCUCCGCAAUGGGCACUACCGGGGCAUUAAAGGAGUCUUCAGAGGGCCGCUCUGCGAGAACGGAUCUCCUUCUCCGGAUUUUCCAGAAAAGGAGAAGUCCACAUCAAAGGCCCUGGAAGACGUAAAGGCAAACUUUUACUGUGAAUUAUGUGACAAGCAGUAUCACAAACACCAAGAGUUUGACAAUCAUAUUAAUUCUUAUGAUCAUGCUCAUAAGCAGAGACUAAAAGAAUUAAAGCAACGAGAAUUUGCUCGAAAUGUAGCCUCCAAGUCAUGGAAAGAUGAGAAGAAACAAGAAAAAGCACUUAAACGACUUCAUCAGCUGGCUGAGUUAAGGCAACAGUCUGAAUGUGUUUCUGGAAUUGGACCUGCGUACAAAGCCCCCAGAAUAGCCAUAGAAAAGCAACUCCAGCAAGGAAUCUUCCCAGUUAAGAAUGGAAGGAAGGUUUCGUGCAUGAAGAAUGCUCUUCUCCUUAAAGGAAAGAAUCUCUCCAGAGCCAUUGCCGAUAAACAGCGGUCCACCAUGCCAAAUCGACACGAGUUACAAACGGACAAACGUUAUUUGUCUGGAAGUCGAGUACCACAAACAUCUUCAGAUCUCAGUAAUGCAAAUCACAGGACAGGAGUAUCAUUUUCCUUUUCCAAAAAAGUGCAUCUAAAAUUAGAAUCUUCAGCAUCAGUUUUCAGUGAGACCACAGAAGAAAUUCAUGAUUCUAAGUCACCCAUCUAUAAAACAAAAACUGCAGAGAAAUGCAAGUGCCACAGGUUUGCAAAUGAGGAUACACACCUCGCUAAGGAAAAAGACAUAAACAUCUCACCAAGCCAUCUGGAAAGUGUUUUACACAAUGCUUUCUCCAUCAGCUCUCAACUUUUGCAAGACAAAAAUGACUCUGUUGAUGAAACUCUAGAAGAUUCCACUGGCAUUCAUGCUUCAUUCUCUAAAUCUAACAUUCUUCUUUCAGAUGUGAAUAUUACUCCUUCCAGCAGAGAAAAAGGAACUAGAAAUACAUUGAAGAACAAUUCAGAAAACUGCAUUAAUCACUCAUGCCAAGCAAAUGCUUUCUCCAGCCCACGAAACAUUUACAAGCACAGUGAUGCCAGGAUAUUUGAAUGUCUGGAUGACUUUCCAUCACUAGAGCCAAGUGAGCAAAACAGUACAGUGCAUCUGAAUCCGAACUCCAGAAUGGAGAAGACAGAAAAAUCUUUAGAUGAAACAGAAAGAGUUAGCAAAAACAUUCAAAGGCUUAUAAGAGAAGCAUGUCCCCAUGAUGUGAAAUCCAAACCAUUGCCCUUUCUCCACGUACAAAGCAAGGAUGGUCACACCACUCUCCAAUGGCCUACAGAACUCCUGCUCUUUACAAAAACAGAGCCUUGUAUCUCUUAUGGCUGUAACCCAUUAUAUUUUGAUUUUAAGCUUUCUCGGAACACAAAGGAUGAUCAUGAUCCAGAGGACUUGAAAACAGAAUUGAUUAAGGAGCCGUCAGAAAUGAAGACUACAGGAGAGAGCCAAGUCUCAGGUUUAAUCAAAGACCAACAAAAAUUGAUCCAAGAAGAUAAUCAAUCUCUGAAACCAAAGAUGAUGAUAGCUAAUCCAGAUUGGGAAAAUUUCCAGAGAAAAUACAGUUUGGGCUACAAUGAUUCUGAGCCAAAUACAAGGAAACAUAAUUUUACUGCAAGUGAUUUGGAAAUGAAAAAUCCUGAAGUGCCUGCUUACCGUGAUAUCUCUCAAAAGAACUGUGUAGCAAACAAUAAUAAUAGUGAUAAUGAACUUAAGGAACCUUCAAGGACCCAUUGGCAAAGCUGCCAAAGGGUAGUUCUAAAUAAUGCAAAUGAGGGCCUAUCAUUUUCACCUUGUAUAUCGAGGACUAAAACACAUAAACAGAUUCCCUGUGAUCCUCAUUCGGAUCUUGAAGAUGGAAAUCAAUUCACCUGGAGUUCUAGUCCUUAUACAGUAAGGGGUCACAGUGACCAUGGGAAGGACAUCAGUGUAGUUUUGAAUAGUAACCACGUCAGCAUGACCAGCAGAGUUUCUGGAUGUGGAAACCGAAGCUACAAGAGAAUUUCUGGAACAUUGUCUCUGAACAGACAUUCUAGCCUUUCAGACACAUCCCUCAGCAGCACAUCCAGCCUGAGAAAUACUUGCUCAAGUCAUAGGUCCAGUGGUGAUGGCAGAGGUCAUUUGCUCUACUUUUGUAAAAGAGAACCCAGCUCAGUUGAAAGGCACAAACUGAAACGUCGGAAGCACAGCUGCCUCUGCUUGUCCAAUGAGACAGCGCAGAGUGCCUGCCUGCGGUCCGGAGCGCACAGAGACGGGGCCUGUGAAUUGCGGGAAUCGGAAUCGUUUAAAAAUGAAAAACAAUCAAAACAUAGAUAUGGUCACUGCAGAGAAAGAUAUAAACUGGGAAAAAAUCAACAACAAUGUUCGGGGCCCAAAUCCAGGAGCAUCACCCAUUGUGAUACUAGCUCACAGGUUUCCUGUGCUGGGAACAGCGCAAAACCAUUUAAUCGCCAGGGACCUCAGUACAGCAGAUCAGAUUCUUACUCAAGAGAAAGAAUUUAUUACUUAAAUAAAAGUGAAAGAACUCAAUGGUCUUUGAACAGCCCUCAUGUUUGUGAUCUGGGAAAAGUAAAACCCAUGCGGUAUAAAUCUGAGAAUAUCAGCUGCCUUCUAAGGAACUGUUCCAGCCACCGUUCCGAAACCACAGGGUUGAACAUUGCAGGAGAGAAGACCCCCCCGACAGCCAAAAGCCUUUUAGAAAGAGUACAAGCCAAGAAGUGUCAGGAACAAUCAAGCAAUUUGGAAGUCUCUUCAAACAGUUGUAAAAAUAAAUCAGAGGCUCAUUCACAAAUCCAAUGCACAAUUCAAUUUAUACCACCAGGCUGUAAGAGACCAGCAUUGCCUUUGUCUGCAAAAAUGCAGAACACAAAUAAAAGAAGAAAUUAUAAAGGCAGUGUGGUUCAGAGAACAAUUGAGAAAGGCAAAGUCAAAAGUUCACAGACAAAUAAUUUUACUGUUUUAGUAGACACUGAUUGUGAUAACCAUCUUUCUAAAGGUAUAAUUCAUGUAGUAGCUGAGUCUCAGUCACCAAACAUGAAAAAGAACCCAACAACAAAAGAACAAUCAGAACCUUUAAUUGGUGAAUUCCAACCUUUUAUUCAAAACUGUAACCCAGAACUAAGUGAUUUCCCUGGUGCUUUUCCAUCUAAUAGAUAUACUGGUGUUACUGAUUCAACAGAGACCAAAGAGGAGCAAAUAAAUCUAGACUUAGAGGAUGUAAGCAUGCACAUGAAUCAUGUAGAGGGGAAUAUAAACUCUUACUAUGACAGAACUAUGCAGAAACAUGACAAGGUAGCAGAUGAGUUAGAAGUAUGUCAUAAAUCUUUCUCCCCCCCUAUAAUUCAACAGCCAAUAACAUUUUCUCCUGAUGAAAUAGAUAAAUAUAAGCUCUUACAGCUACAAGCCCAGCAGCAUAUGCAGAAACAGCUCCUAUCGAAGCAUCUUCGGGUUUUGCCUGCUACAGGGCCAACUACCUUUUCUCCAGCCUCAGCUGUGCAGACAGUUCCAGUUCACCAGCACACUUCUCUCACCACCAUCCACCACACGUUCUUGCAGCAUUUUGCUGUUUCUGCUUCCGUAAAUUCCCAUGGCAGUCACUUCCCUAUAGCUCAUCUACAUCCUCUUUCACAGCCACAUUUUGCUCCGUUCACAUUUUCACCUCUGACUCCAGCCAUCAUCCCUGCACAUCCCACUUUCUUGGCGGGUCAUCCCCUGCAUUUAGUCACCGCUGCCCCCUUCCACUCAUCCCACAUAACACUUCAGCCCUUGCCCCCUGCAGCAUUUGUCCCUACAUUGUUUGGCCCUCACUUAAACCCAGCCACAACUUCCAUCAUCCACUUGAAUCCUUUACUUCAACCAGUGUUUCAAGGUCAAGAUCUUUGCCAUCAUUCUUGCUCCAGUCAGAUGCAACAGUUAAAUGGAGUGAAAGAGGCCUUAAAUGUGUCAGCACAUUUGAACUAA